CCCCCAAAACUUUUUUCGACUUGCGCCUUUUCGCCUCGUCUCUUAACUGUCUUUCUCUUUUGUCCAUCUUCAACAAUCUUGGCUUGUGGCUUUUGUGCUGGAGUUUUCCUCCGUUUCUAUAUACACUGGGAAUUGUCGAUAUUGCCUCAAACAAGAACCUUUCAUCCCUCCAUUGGGGUUUUGCAGACUCGCAUCUAUUUUCUUUUGCCGUUAACGCAAUUCGAAUUUCGAACUUCUCCGGGUCCCACCGCUAGCCAUCACGACCCGCCACUUUUCCCCUCAAAAAGACAGGACACCCGGCCGUUCAAUUGACGCCAAUUCCAUCGCCCAUCAUGUCCUUCUCCAGCCUCGUCCAGGAACUCAGUCUUCGAGACCCCAACGCCCCUCGCCGCCCGGGCCCUACCCCGUCAGUCUCGACUUUCGACGACCGCGCAUCGCAUGUCUCUCGCACCAUGUCUGGAUACGCCAGCACGGCCGCCACCAGCGUGAGCAUCUCCGGAGACAUUGGAAGCCAGCUGCAUGGAGGAUACUUCCACCCUCUGGCCCGGUCCUGGCAGGCCGAACGCCAGCUGACAAAGUCUAUGCUCAUUUACCCCAUCUUUGUCACUGAUGGCGAAGAUGACAUGAUCCAUGUGCCCUCUCUUCCUGGCCAGUACCAGGUCAGCAUCGACAGGCUGACGGCCUUCCUCGAGCCUCUUGUCCACAAGGGCCUGCGAUCCGUCAUGCUGUUUGGUGUUCCCCAGAAGCCCGGCUCCAAGGACAUUCUGGGCAGCUCAGCUGACGAUCCCGAGGGCCCUGUUAUCCAGGCCAUUCAACUCAUCCUUCGCCGUUUCCCUCAGCUCUUCAUCUGCGCCGAUGUCUGCCUCUGCGAGUAUACUUCGCACGGCCACUGCGGUAUCCUGCGGGACGACAGCAGCCUGAACAACCAAAUGUCCGUUGAUCGCAUUUCCGAUGUUGCCCUUGCCUAUGCCAAGGCUGGAGCACACUGCGUUGCGCCUUCUGACAUGAAUGAUGGCCGUAUCCGUGCUAUCAAGCUCAAGUUGAUCGAGGAGGGGAUUGCUCACAAGACCCUGCUCAUGUCGUACUCUGCCAAGUUCUCUGGCUGUCUGUACGGACCCUUCCGAGACGCAGCCGGCUCCGCCCCGUCCUUUGGUGACCGCCGAUGCUACCAGCUUCCCCCCGGAGGCCGCGGCCUUGCUCGCCGAGCCAUCAUUCGUGAUAUGAACGAGGGCGCCGACAUCAUCAUGGUGAAGCCCGCCGGUCAGUAUCUCGACGUUAUCAGCGAUGCCAAGGAGCUGGGCAAGGACCUGCCCAUCGCUGCCUACCAAGUCAGUGGCGAGUACUCUAUGAUUCACGCCGCUGCCAAAGCCGGUGUCUUUGAUCUUAAGACGAUGGCUUUUGAGUCAACAGAGAGCAUCCUCCGAGCUGGCGCAACCAUUGUCAUCAGCUAUUUCACCCCCAACUUUCUCGACUGGCUAGACAACUAAAUCAUAAUCGAAGCGAGAAAAAAAAAAAGGACAGUUCAUGACGGGGUUUAAUGUGGAAAAAGACAAUAUAAAUACCAGGGUAGAAAGAGCAGGCGGGCGUUUUCUUGUGUUGAUAUUUUGAACAAAAAAGGGAUUUGUAACAUUUCUGUACGCAUUUUGUUUUUUAGAGCGAGGACAUAAUUUUGUCAAGGACAUAUGAAUUUCAUGUAUAAUCACACUGUUUUCUAAUAAACAUUCUCUCCAAGAC